UUGCCAGAGAGAGAGAGAGAGAGAGAGAGAGAGAGAGCGCGCAAUGGCGAAACCACACGCAGUGAUAGUGCCCAGCCCAGCACAAGGCCACACGAACCCGAUGCUAAAAGUGGCGAAACUCCUCUACCAAAAGGGCUUCUACAUAACCUUCGUCGUCAACGAGUACGUCGGCCGGCUGUACCUCCAAGCCCGAGGCCCGAACGCCCUCGACGGCCUCCCGGACUUCAAAUUCGCGGCAGUGCCCGACGGCGUCGACUUCGGCGACGCCCUCCCCGACCCCAUCCUCCGCUGCGACCAGCUCAUGAAGGACCUGCCCUUGCCUUUCUUCAGACGGUUCGUCCACGAACUCGCGUCGUCAACGGACGUCCCUCCCAUCACGUGUAUCGUCUGCGACGGAAAUAUGAAGUUCCCGCUGAAAGUCGCCGAGGAACUCGGGGUCCCCUCGGCGGUUUUCUGGACACCAAGCGCUUGUGGGAUGUUGUGCUACGCCUACUUUCACAAGCUCGUUGAAAAGGGGAUUUUGCCACUUAAAGAUGAGAGUUGUCUAACAAAUGGGUAUCUGGACACCGUCAUAGAUUUCAUACCAGCUAUGAAGGGUAUACGUUUGCGGGAUUUUCCAAAUUUUGUGAGAACUACAAACCUAGAAGAUGUUAUGUUUAAAUUUGCCAUCAGCAAGUUUGACAAAGCUUAUAAAGCUUCUGCUCUUUUCUUGAACACAAUGGACGCAUUGGAGCGUGAAGCACUUGAUGCGUUUUCAACAAUGUUUCCUCCAGUGUAUACCAUAGGUCCUCUGCAGUUACUUGAAGAGAAGCAGAUGCUGCAGAUCCCUAAAAGUAGUGAACUAGAAAACAUUGGAUUGACUAUGUGGACAGAGGAUUUAGAUUGUCUCGCUUGGCUCGAUAAAAAAGAACCCAGCUCUGUUAUUUAUGUGAACUUUGGGAGCGUGGCUCGGAUGACAUCCAAAGAGCUGUUUGAAUUUGGUUGGGGACUUGCCAACAGCAAACAAGAUUUCUUGUGGGCAAUCAGACCCGAUUUGGUGUUGGGUGAAUCUGCGAUUUUUCCACCGGAGUUGAAGACUGAAAUCAAAGAAAGGGGUCUAUUGCCUUCUUGGACUCCUCAAGAGAAAAUCCUUAGACAUCCAUCUGUCGGAGGGUUCUUGACCCACUGUGGCUGGAAUUCGAUUCUUGAAAGUAUUGUGGGUGGAGUGCCAAUGAUAUGUUGGCCUGCUUGGGCAGAGCAAUCCACAAACUGUUGGUACCUCUGCAAGCACUGGGGAUUGGGCAUGGAGAUAAAUAACGUGGAAAGGGAGGAAGUGGCGAGGCUUGUGAGAGAACUCAUGGUUGGAGAGAAUGGGAAGAGGAUGAAAGCAAAAGCAAAGGAAUGGAAGAAGGUUGCCGAAGAUGCUGUCAUCGCUCCAACUGGAUCGUCCCCCAUGAAUUUCGACAACUUGGUUAAUAAGGUUCUACUCUCCAAAUUUCCAAAUAAUUGAAAACUCGAGCUACAAAUUCUAGUAACACGGGUUCAUAUGAGAUUGCUUUCCUGUUGUCAUUCAUGUAAUAAGACGGUAGUUCAGUUUAUUGUAGAUCUUGGUCACUCCACUUGACUUCACGAGUGUGACUGAUGCGUUACUACAAAUUCUAGUAACGCGGGUUAUGUUGUUUAUCUAAUCAACUCUUGCUUGAAUUUUU